AGGAGGAGGAGAAGGAUUUGGUUGACUUGUAGCUGUUUGUCUGUUAGACACAGGCUCGGGCCCGAUUGGGUAGACAGAGGUUUAGGACUGCUGAGAAGCUGGGUAGACCCCUUCCCCUCCCCCCCUUUCCUAUCCCUUUCCCAACCUACCCUAUUCUUUGACCAUGACAAGCAGAGGCACAGCUCGGUCCAAUAGCCAUCUCCAGACCAGCAAUAUCUGUCAAUUCAAACUUGUCCUGCUGGGGGAGUCUACAGUAGGCAAGUCUAGCUUAGUGCUAUGCUUUGUCAAGGGGCAAUUCCAUUAAUAUCAGGAGAGCAACAUUGGAGCCACCUUCCUCACACAGUCUGUCUAUCUUGAUGACACAACAGUCAAGUUUGAAAUCUGGGACUCAGCAGGACAGGAACAAUAUCACAGCUAGGUGCCUAUGUACUACCGGGGUGCCCAGGCUGCUAUUGUGGUCUAUGAUAUCACCAACCAGGAAACCUUUGCCUGAGCAAAGACAUGGGUGAAGGAACUACAGUGACAGGCCAGUCCCAGCAUUGUCAUUGCCCUGGCAGGAAACAAGGCUGAUUUGGCCAACAAGCACAUGGUGGAAUAUGAAGAGGUCCAGGCAUAUGCAGAUGACAACAGCUUAUUGUUUAUUGAGACAUCGGUCAAGACAGCCAUGAAUGUUAAUGACUUCUUCUUGGCAAUAGCUAAGAAAUUGCCCAAGAGUGAACCUCAGAGCAUGGGGGGUACAGCAGGCUGAAGCCGGGGAGUGGAUCUUCAUGAGCAGUCGCAGCAGAACAAGAGCCAGUGUUGUAGCAACUGAUGGGUGGCUGGCAGCAAAUGAGUGUGGAGCAAUCACGAGAGCUAAGACAUAACUUCAGUCCCCACCCCUCAGCACACAGCCCGAACCCUGGCUCCCAAAGGCCGCCUCCCAACAGCUCCAUCAUGCUUCAGCAACCAAGAACAGGCAGCUGUUGCCACCGGCCUCCCACCCUCUGCCCUGGGGCUUAAGGAGGUGGUUUGUUCCCCAUUGGAACUUACCUUCCAAAACAAACUUUCUUCACUUUGUAUUAUAAGUGCAAGACAAUAACCUACUUAUCUAUCUUUCUCUUCCCACCCUUUGUCCCCAUGUCUUCAGAUAACAUUUUUGUCACUUGCUCCUUCUGCUUUCCAUCAAUAACUGAUUUGGGUCCCUUUCCCCACCUUUAUGUUCCAUCUCCUCAGGGUUGGAGAAGUGAACUUGAGAUCUUUGAAGGAGUUAACAUCCACAUUGGUAACCUGGGGGUGGGGGUGGGAGGGUUCUUGUAGGGAAAUGGCUUCUUUUUGUCAUUAUAUAAUUGGGAUUUCCCACGUUUGAAGAAAGCUGCAGUGUCCAAGAUCUUCCCCUGCCCCUCGGUGGGUAUUGGGAAACUUCUGGAGAAGGAUGCAUAUAGGGAGAAAAGUUGCAGGGUCCUGUGGAAUUAGCUAACCUGGGCAGAGGAAGAGGCUUGGUACUCCUCAGGAACUCUAUAGUACUUUCUUUGCCUUUAUUUCCCCUUCGCCUUUGGGGGCUCUUCCCCCAUGGUGAUUCAGCCCCAGGGUCUUCCAAAGAACCUUUAUUGGGUGCCUUUUUCUUGGCUCUGCUGUGGUUUAGAGGAGGGACCAGUCUCUGAUACCCAUCCUCUGAUUGAUAUCCAUAUAGAAUUGUUUUCUGACACCCAUCCUCUCCCAACCCUGGUUGUGGCCUGUCUCACUACAGUUUGCACUUUAGUUGAUGGUUGCUUUAUUUGGGAUGCUUAUUUUAUGGGGUUUUUAAACACACCAUGGAAAGAGAGGUUGUAUAUAGAGGGUAAGAAAGGGCAGUGACAGCUACCCAGGCCAAACCUUAUCCUCAGCCCUAUCCCCAGACUCUUAUUCCUCUCUACUUUGUCCACUCCACAACCCUUCAUUAUGCUUGAUUCCAUGACACUGAAGAACUGGUGGGGAGCCUGAGAUUGGAGAGUGCUCAGGGAAACACAGGCCAAGAUAGAAUAAGGCACGUCCCAGGCAAGAGGCAGGCAUAUGGGGUGAGGAAGGGAUGGCCACCUUGCCCUCAAAGGGGAGUCACCCAUUCUGAUGUCCUACCCCUCUUGUCUUUUCUACUUCCCUGUAAAUAAGUAUGAUGAUCUCUUCCCCAAUGUACAGUCCGUCAUGUCACAGGUUCUUCUGUUAGGAUCACUUACCUUAACCUCCUACCCCUACUUAUUUGGUUUAUUCCUGGAUACCUCACUCCUGAGGGGAAUGACAAGUCAUUCUUUCUAUCUUAUCCCUUACAAUAUUCCUAGGAGAUACGGCCUGUGAAGCCCCAUCUCCCCACCAUUGUAUCCUGCUCUUCUGGCACCACUGCUCUCUCCAUGGGUAUUGUAAGCCACAAAGUCCUAGCUAGCUGUAGCCCCUGUACAUACCAUACCAGCUGCUCUUCUGGUCAGUGAAGUGGCUGGUGUUAAGAGUUUCUUCUUUUACUUCACCAAAAGGGAUUAACACUUGCUGGAUUCAGAGUAUAGAUCUCUGAGGUGAAGGUAGGUGGAAAGGGACCUGGGCCUAGAGUAUUUGGCGAAAACUGGCAAGGGAAGGGAGCAAAUUCCAGAAGAAGGUAGAAAAUUAUUGUUGCUCCAGGUUUCCUCUUGUUCAUUAUUAGGAAGGUGGUCUGAUAUUUACAAGAAAGCUAUAUAGGACCAUGGCUAACUUAUGGGUCCUGUAAAGAUUAAAAUUUAGGGGAGAUGGGGAGACUGAGGCAUCUGAGGCAGGUAGAAAUUAGUUUCUCUCUGCAAGGAGUAUUAUAUUUUUUUAGAGGUUUAUUGAAGAUUAAGGAUUAAAGAAAAUACAGGAUAAGAGACACGUGUCCAGGCCAUAGAGUGGCCUAGACACAACCUCACCUACAUUAUGAAAAAAGCCAGGCCUGCCCCAAAACAGAAGUCCAAGAGUCAAGCGCCCUCAAAAGCCUUUGAAUCAGCUUAAAUACCUUCUCGAUCUCGGCCCAGGUGAGAUUACAAGGCAUUCUGGGGUAGUGGAGCAAAGGCUGGUGGGGAUUGUAGUCCUGUAUUCGAGUCUAUUUUUUACAGUCCCAAGGCUUGGAGUCCUACCUGUUUUCCAGGCCUACAGACACUUGAACUGCCUUACCUGCCUCAAACAUAUACAUUUACCAAAAGAGCUAUGCAAUUUAAAACCCCAAAACUACCCUUACCCAAACUUUCUGGCUAAGAAUUCCUUAGAGCAGAUUUAGUAAAUUGGUAACUAUCAUAUAAAUAAGUGACCUUGGGAAGAUCACAACAAAAAAAGGGGACGAUUGUGGAAAGGAAACAAGACUGACAGUUUGUGGGGGAAGGGGCAACUGGGAAUGGCAGUUGGGUCUUGUGAUUAGCACUUCCUUCCUGCCAGGAGUGGCAGUUGGGUCUUGUGACUAGCACUUCCUUCCUGCCAGGCGGUACUGCCUUCCUGGUGUUGGAGGAGGGAGGAGCUUGUUCAGCCCAGUCUGGUGUGGUGUGCCUCUUCUUGGUUCAGCCUGAAGAUUCAGGCCCAAUCACUUCUGAAGGUCAGAACUGUUCUUGUUUGCUUUCUGUCUACUGCUAAGAUUCUGAAUUAGACAAAGCAAGGACUGAUAUAGAGUAGACCAGAGUGGGAGAAACCCUCUGCCAGCCUCUGGGGCCUGGCCUCAGCUCUGAAGCUGAGAAAAAAACUCCAAUCCUAACUGGUUAUUAAACUUUAUAUUAUUUGAAUUCGCAGUCAGAUAAGUGGACUAUCUUUCUGGGCAUAGAGGUAGCUGAACAUCAAUUCAGUCAUUCAACAACAGUCCUUAUUGGACCCCUGCUGCUUCCUCUCGGCAGGGGGCAUCUCUCUCCUUUGCUUCAUCAAGCAAUAUUCCUUUUCUCCCCUUUAAACUCCUCCAUACCCUACUACAAACCUCACUUUAUCCCCAGUUUUUCUCAUCUUCCCCAUCCUUUCCAAAUAAAUAUUACAUUUGUAAGACUGAAAAAAAUAUGUCUGUCAUCUUUUUCAUUACCAAAAAGGAAUCUUGUUCAUAUGUGGGAACAUUUCAUGUGAAUUCAUUUAUUUCUUGGGGAGUAAAUUGCGUCCUAUUUCAGGCACUUCUCUUAGAGGAAAAAUGCUUCUAGUUGAAUUGGGUACCUGUGAGUCAGUUUGACUAGAAAGAGUUUCUUUAGAAGGAUGAGAUUUCCUUGGGGCUGGAAUUGGUUAGGAGAAGGAACAGGAGAAACUGGGAUUUCAAAAGUUGGGGUUUCAGGAGAAGGGUCUUGGGAAGUAAGGUCAGUGAAGAUUUGCAGACCACAAGCCAUAUCUCUGCUGCUAAAGAGAGAGGCCAGCAAGAGGAAGUCACACGAGUAUAUAGAUUUUUUUUACAUCACUUCCUGCGUCUCACAUGUACCAAUGGUAGCUUAAGCUUGACUUAGGACAGCCCAGCGGGUCUGUCAGUUGUUUCUUAUUUGUCAUUUGCUAGUACAUGUCUGUCAUAGGCCAUCCUCCUCAACACUUAAUCCUUAAGUAGAGGUGUAGACAUUCCUGUUUGUUAGGAUUUUAAAGAUUUAUUCAGGGUGGAGAAAAUUAAAAAUUCACACUACCAACCUCCUUGGCUUCCUUUAAAUCCCAACUAAAAUUCUAGCUUUACAGGAAGCAUUUCCUUACUCUUUUUAUUUUUAAUGCCUUCCCUCUGUUAUGUCUUAUUUGAUCUGUAUAUAGCUUGUUUUGUAUAUGCUUGUUGCCAUUCUUUUGCUUCUUUUUGUAUCCCAAAUGCUUAGCAUAAUAUUUUUCAUGUAGUAAGUCUUAAUAAAUGUUGAUUGAUUGCUUGCUUGCCUGAACUAUUUUGAUAGCCUCCCAAGUUGAUCUACUCCCCUCAGGACUCUCCCUUCUCAGUACAACCUCCAGCCACUGCUAGAGUGAUAUUCCUAAGCAUAGAUUUGAUCCUGUCAAUGUCAUUCCUUUGCUUAACCUCAGUGACUUCCUGUUACUAAUGAGAUAAAAAUACAAAUUCCUCUGUUUGACAUUUAAAGGCCUUUGCAACAUGAUUCCACCUUAUUUUGUAAUACUUUCUUUCAUAAACUAUUUGGUUCAGCCAGACUAGCUUUCUUGUUCUUGAUAUGUAACAAUUGAUAUUUUGCCUCCUGGUGGAUAGAAUCCUGGUUCUGGAGUCAGGAAGAUCUGAGUUUAAAUUUGGCCUGAUGCCCUAGUUGUGUGACUCUGGGCAAGCUACUUCAACUCUGGCUAGCAAAGUUUCCUCCCAUGUAAAAUGGGGAUUGUAAUAUCAUCUACCUCCCAGGAUUGUUGUGUGGAUCAAAUGAUAUAAUAUUUGUAAAAUGUUUAGCACAGUGUCAGUACAUAGUAGGUGCUCUCCUUCCCUCUUUCCCAUUAUUUCUCGUGCCUCAAAUGUGGCUUUUUCUUACUUCUGCUUCAGAAUCCUUAAUUUCCUUCAGAAUUUAGGUUAAUUGCCAGUUUCCACUUAAGAACCUUAUUGAUGCCCCUAAUUGCUUAGGGUUUCCCCCACUCACCUGAAAUUACCUCUCAUUUUUUGUAUAUAUUUUGUAUACACUUACAUAUAUGUAUUUCUCCUACAUGCAAUGUUAGCUUCUUGAGGGCAAAAAGGAUUAGUUUUUGCCACUGUAUUCCUAGUGCCUACCCCAUUAAUAAGUCCUGGUUAAUGCAAUGAUAUAUUUAACAAUUUGUUUUUAUGGGGAGAAUAUUGUAUUAAGAAAGAGGAAUCUAGGUGGCUCAGUAGAUAGAAUGCCAGGCUUGGACUCAGGAAUGCCCAAGGUCAAAUCUGGCCUCAGAUACUUUCUAGCUAUGUCACCCUGGGCAAGUCACUUAACCUCUGAUUGCCUGAUUCCCACUGGAGAAGGAAAUGACAAACUAUUCUAAUUUCUUUGCCAAGAAAAUUCCAUGGACAUCUAUGGUCUAUGGAAUUCCAAAGAGUCAGACCCAACUGAACAACAAGAAGAAACAUUAUAUACAGAAUUUAUGCUUGCUAGACCUGAUCCUAAUGAUGGUAGAUCAUAUAAUGAAGAUUUUGCUUGUAAUUUUCAGCGAAAGGCAGGAUAGUGCUACAUUUAGGUGAUAGUGCUACUUACUCUAGUAAGUGUGCUGUGCUGUGAAUUACUCUAACAUGUGAAAUUUCUGACUUGAAUAAUGUGUAGAAUGAUACUAAAUAAAUACUCUGGUAAAUACUGUAAAUUGUUACCUUUUGGAAGGAGGCUAUGAAACUGUAAAAGGUAUAGUAUAUCAUACAGAGCUGUGAAAAGCUGGAGACUAUGAAAAUUUGUCAUUUUUAUGUUUUGCCAUCCAUGAACAAGCUUUUUUGUUCAGUUAAGUGGAGGGAAUGGUUAAAGCACAAACAAAGAAAUUGAGGAUGUCUGUUUAUUUCUGCCAAUGCAUGUGUGUU